GGUCCUUCCUGUGCGGAGAGUGUUCGGCGUCUGGUUGAGUAGUUCGGUCAUGUUUCGGAGUGUUCUGGGUAAAGUGGUGACAGAAACAGUUCGUGUUCACCGCUGUUUGAAACAUGCGCCUUUAACACUGAGGGUGGGACCCUCGGCUGUGUCUGUCAGGGGCUUUGCGGAUGUGAAGGACGAAGCGCGGCCGCCUUUUGACACCUCGGUCCUCGAAUUCCUUGUGUGUCCGCUGUCCAAGAAGCCACUGAGAUAUGAGGCGGAUACCAAUGAGCUGAUCAAUGAGGAGCUUGGCAUCGCCUAUCCCAUCAUUGACGGCAUCCCCAACAUGAUCCCUCAGGAAGCCAGACUCAUUCAGAAAGACACAGACACCUCGACCACACCAGCACAAGAGUAG